CUCAUUCUAUCCUCCUCUGAUUCUCCCAAAGCUUGUAGAUGUCCCAGACAUGAGCCAGCCCAGGCCCCGCUACGUGGUGGACAGAGCCGCAUACUCUGUCACCCUCCUCGAUGAGGAAUUUGAGAAGAAGGAGCGGACGUACCCAGUGGGAGAGAAACUGCGCAAUGCCUGCAGAUGUUCCCCUGCCAAGUUCAAAUCCCUACUCUUUGGGUUGCUGCCUGUGCUAUCCUGGCUGCCCAAGUAUAAGAUCAAAGACUACAUCAUCCCUGACGUCCUCGGGGGACUCAGCGGAGGCUGCAUCCAAGUCCCACAAGGCAUGGCAUUCGCUCUGCUGGCUAAUCUUCCUCCAGUCAACGGCCUAUACUCUUCCUUUUUUCCCCUCCUGAUCUAUUUCUUCCUGGGAGGUAUACACCAGAUGGUGCCAGGUACCUUUGCUGUUAUCAGCAUCCUCGUGGGCAACGUGUGCCUACAAUUGGCCCCAGAGUCAAAAUUCCAGAUCUUCGAUAAUGCCACCAACGAGACCUAUGUGGACACAGCAGCCAUGGAGGCUGCCAGGCUGCAUGUGUCAGCGACACUCGCAUGCCUGACCGCUGUCAUCCAGAUGGGCCUGGGAUUCAUGCAGUUCGGCUUUGUGGCCAUUUACCUCUCCGAGUCCUUUAUCCGCGGCUUCAUGACAGCAGCUGGCCUGCAGAUUUUGAUCUCAGUGCUUAAAUAUGUCUUCGGACUGACCAUCCCCUCCUACUCAGGCCCAGGGUCCAUUGUCUUUACCUUCAUUGACAUUUGCAAAAAGCUCCCCGAUACCAAUAUUGCCUCACUGGUCUUUGCCCUCGUCAGUGGAGUCGUGCUGGUGGUGGUGAAGGAACUCAAUGCUCGCUACAUGCACAAGAUCCACUUCCCCAUCCCCACAGAGAUGAUUGUGGUGGUGGUGGCCACAGCCAUCUCUGCCAGCUUUAAGAUGCCCCAGAAAUACAACAUGCCGAUUGUGGGAGAGAUCCGGCAAGGGUUCCCCUCUCCAGUAUCACCUGUGGUUUCCCAGUGGAAGGACAUGAUUGGCACAGCCUUCUCCCUAGCCAUUGUGAGCUACGUCAUCAACCUGGCAAUGGGCCGGACCCUGGCCAACAAGCACGGCUAUGACGUGGAUCCCAACCAGGAGAUGAUCGCCCUGGGAUGCAGCAACUUUUUCGGCUCUUUCUUUAAAAUCCAUGUUAUCUGCUGUGCUCUGUCGGUCACCCUUGCUGUGGAUGCAGCAGGAGGGAAAUCCCAGAUCUCAAGCCUGUGCGUGUCUCUGGUUGUCAUGGUCACCAUGCUGGUUCUGGGCUCCUAUCUCUACUCCCUCCCCAAGUCUGUGCUAGGAGCUCUGAUCUCUGUCAACCUCAAGAACUCCCUCAAGCAACUCACCGACCCCUACUACCUGUGGAAGAAGAACAAACUGGACUGUUGCGUCUGGGUGGUGAGCUUCCUCUCCUCCUUCUUCCUGAGCCUGCCGUAUGGGGUGGCAGUGGGGGUCGCCUUCUCCGUCCUGGUGGUGGUCUUCCAGACCCAAUUUCGGAAUGGUCAUGCUCUGGGCCAGAUCAUGGACACAGACAUUUAUGUGAAUCCCAAGGCCUAUAGUAGGGUCCAGGAAAUCGAGGGGAUUAAGAUCGUCACCUACUGCUCCCCUCUCUACUUCGCCAACUCAGAGAUCUUCAGACAAAAGGUCAUCUCCAAGACAGGUACGGACCCCCAGAAGAUAUUACUGGCCAAGCAGAAAUACCUUCGAAAGCAGGAGAAGAGGAAGAGGGUGCCCAUACAACAGAGGAAGUCACUCUUCAUGAAAACCAAGACGGUCUCCUUGCAGGAACUCCAGCAGGACUUCGAGAACCCUUCCCCCACCGAUCCCAACAACAACCAGACACCUGCCGCCAAUGGCACCAGCAUCUGCUACGUCAACUUCAGCCCAGCCGCCCCCAGUGUCCCCUCCACUGACCCGUGUGAGGCCCAGGCCCCUGCUGAACUUCCCGGGGAGCUCAGCGACACACUGGCUGGGGUUCCGCCCUUCAUCACCUUCCACACCCUCAUCCUCGACCUCAGUGGGGUCAGCUUCGUGGACUUGAUGGGUAUCAAAGCCUUGGCCAAGCUGGGCUCCACCUAUGAGAAGAUUGGGGUGAAGGUCUUCCUGGUGAACAUCCACGCCCAGGUGUACAAUGACCUCAGUCACGGUGGCGUCUUUGAUGACGGGUGUCUGAAGCGCCACCACAUCUUCCCCAGCACACACGAUGCAGUCCUCUUCGCCCAAGCAGAUGCCAGAGAAGCAACCCCAGGACCCAGCUUCCAAGGGGUUCCUGGGGACACUGAACACUCCUUUUGCGACUCAGAGGAAGAAAGCCCGCGCUAUUGGGACUUAGAGCAGGAGAUGUUUGGGAGCAUGUUUCACGCAGAGACCUUGACCGCCCUGUGAGGACCCAACCACACCCACACCACCUGCAGAGCACCUGACACCCGGGACGCCCUUGAUAAACGUGCCAUGAUCAUGUGCCGCUGGUGACCG